AUGUCCUUGGCCGCGCCCUCGACGGAGCCCUUGUCGAGGGCGAAGCCGAGGUCGUCCGAGUAUCAGAUCCGAAAGACGAGACAACUUACAGAUGAUGCUGUCGUGCCAAAUGUACCACCGAGGGCAGUGAGGGAGGCGAUCCGUUCACUUCGAUAUCCCGGCGCGCCGGUCCCGCCGGGCGACAAGGCCGACGGCUCCAACUACCUUGCCCUCUUGACCGAGGUUCGAAAGCUCCUCCCUGCCGGCAAGACACUGUCGAUCUCUGCCCCUGCCUCCUUUUGGUAUCUGAAAGGCUUCCCUAUUGAUCGCAUGGAGCCUCUUCUGGACUACAUCGUCUACUUGAUGUACGACUUGCAUGGGCAGUGGGACUCUGGAAACCUCCACUCGGCUCCUGGAUGCCCUGCAGGCAACUGCCUUCGGUCUCACGUCAACUGGACCGAGACCGAGAAUGCACUAGCCAUGAUAACCAAGGCUUGUGUGCCGACCAGCAAAAUCCUCCUCGGCAGAGAAAGGCUGCACGGGCCCAAUGUGUACCUACCUCGGCGAGAAAGAUUCCCCCGCCAAGAAGGGGCCGCUGCAUCCGACUUUAUGUUUGACCACGGCAAGGAGUAUUUCAAGUGCAACAUCAGGGAAGUCGUCACGUGCUGCACGGGCUGUAAAAGCAUCCCCGACUAUUCUUGCACGCAGUGCCUGCCGCCGGGCGAGUGCAAGAUCACGAGCCCAUACGACGACGCCCUCCGCCUGAUCCACUCGACCAUUGAGGAGUGCCCGCCCGACUAUUCCAAGGCCGGUAUGGGUCCCGCAAAGUACCGGGACAUCCAGUGGACAUUGAAGGAGGGCAAGGAAGACGACUUUUGGGCGGAAAUCCAGGCCGAAGUCGGCAUUCCGAAGAAGAAGAUGCCGCUCAGCGAAACGGGGCAGUACAUUUACGGCUUCGUGACAAACAGCGGCUGUUACUACAGCAGACGCGACGACGCCAAUGCAACCCUCGGCGAUGCGCACGACGACGACGGCGACGGCGACGAGGUCAUGAGCGGCGACCGCCUCGUCGGACGCAACGUCAAGAAAAACUGCAUGGGCAAGGGCUACUGGACUGGAGCCCCCAACGUAGACGGCAGAGUCAGCGAGGACGACGUGACGAACCCCAAGGACACGGUCAAAAAAGCCCUCGACAAGUCGUCGGGGCUGGUCUCGGACCUGGCGAGCCUGGCCCUCGAGGUCAAGUCGGGCAUGUACAAGGGCGACGCGGCGGACCUCGUCGACGCCGUGGCCAUGCCCAUCUACAUGAUCCGCGAGGGCCUCGACUACAUGGACACGGUGGUGGACAUGGCCAAGGAGAUCAAGGAGGCGGAGAAGAAGACGCUCAUCGUCAGCCUCCUGUCGGCCGUGCUGUUCGUCGUCCCGGCCCUCGGCGAGGCCAUUGGUACCCUAGGGCUGGCGUCUCUCGGUCGGGCUCUCGUCGCGAUUGGGGAGCUGGGCAACACGAGCUUGGGCAUCUACAGCGUCGUGGACAACCCCAAGGCGGCGCCCAUUUUCAUAUUCGGCCUCGUCCUCAGCGCCAAGGGUGUCAGGGACUCCAACGACGUCGUCAAGGCGGCCAAGGCGCGUCGGGCCAUGCCCCACCAGGACAUUGUCGGCUUCAGCACCAAGAUCGCCGAGAGACUUGCACAGGUGGACAAGGUCAUGUCCAAGGGCAAGGGAAGGCUAUGUGCGUCCAAUAUGCUUAGGACGACUGACGGUGAAAAAGGAUACUUGCAAAUUUUCAACUCCCAAGGCCAGGCAUUUCUGGGAAAUCAUGCCGAAAAAUUGCAAUACAUCCCUGAAAGACUAGCCGCCUGA